AGGCUGUAGUGAAGUGAGCAGCGCUACCGGCCUGGUGAACUCAAACACUCGAGUACCUCUCGAGUCGUUAGAGUCGGUUCAGCUCAAACUCCUCCUCCACGUUGCAAUGACGAUGGUUUCCUCCUUCUCAGGAGGCAGGUCGUAGCUGUUCUCCAAGGACACAAAUGAUUCCUUAUUCUUGUUUGUAGAUUAGCUGCAGUUUUUAAUACACUUAAAGGACCGGCCGAGCCAAAUAAUGUCUCCGUGCGCGUGGCACGUACUCUCGCGAGUAGCUCGUGUAAACGUGGAGCUAUAGCGCGGAACUUUUCUCUAAGUGCGACGCUGUUCGUCCCUCUUUUCGGAACUAAAUUUCACCGUUUUGGAGGGAUACGGACACAGCACGAGCAACGAAUGGACAUCAUAUGAGCGUCUGGACUUUCUGGAGUCUGCGUUCCCGCGUGCUACGUCCGCGUGCCAGCCGCGCAGUUACCACAGCCUCCUCACGAGAGACGCUUCGCCAAGUUUAACAGUUUAAAGUUUAAAAUCUAGUAGCUGGACAUGAGAAAGGUGGAAUGUUACAUUUAGUUUCGUUUCGGGACAGAGUAGUAGUUUCCAUCCGCAGGUUUAGUCCAGGUUUACCCCGUGCUCUGUAACCUGAGUUUAGGGUUUCCAUCAUGCCCCAGCUAAACGGGGGCGGCGGGGAUGACUUGGGGGCCAACGACGAACUUAUUUCGUUCAAAGACGAAGGCGAACAAGAGGAAAAAAUAUCCGAAAACGUGUCGGCUGAGAGGGAUUUAGCCGAUGUGAAAUCGUCUCUGGUGAACGAGUCUGAAAAUAAUAGCAGCUCCUCGGACUGUGAACAGACAGACAGACGCCCUCAGCCUGGAGCCCAGCGAGGCAGCUCCGCGAGGCAGAGCCCGUCCUUUGCGGAAGGUACCAGCUCGCGCGUGUGUGAUGUCCUCAGUCGCGCGGGUUGUGUUUACUCUGUACUUCUCUCCGCAGCUCCCAGACGACAGCAGCACGGAGGCUUGUUCAAGACUCCCCCUUACGCCGGGUAUCCGUUUCUCAUGAUCCCAGACCUCACAAAUCCGUACUCCCCCGGCGCGCGGACGUAUCUGCCCAUGAAAUGGCCUCUCCUCGACAUUUCCGGAGCAGCUGCUCUUAAAGACUCCAGACCCACCACUCCAGGUCACGCAUCCAACAAGGUGCCAGUUGUGCAGCCCCCACCCCACAUGCACCCCUUGACCCCCCUCAUCACCUACAGUAAUGAUCGUUUCUCGCCCAGAGCACCUCCAGCUCACCUCUCACCUGAUGUCCUCGACCCCAAGACAGGCAUCCCAAGGACCCCUCAUGCGUCUGAGCUGACACCUUACUAUCCCCUGUCCCCUGGAGCGGUGGGGCAAAUCACACACCCUCUGGGUUGGCUGGUGCCACAGCAGAGCCAACAUGUGUAUUCCAUCCCAGCUGGAGGCUUCCGCACACCGUACGCUGCUCUUACUGUGAGCCCAUCGAUGAGCAGUCUGGUAUCAGGUCAUUUUUCUCCUCACAUGACUCCACCACCUGCUCUGAGACAGACAGGCCACACCCACCCAGUCCUCACCUCCCCCUCCAUCAAACAGGAGACCAGUAAUAAUGAUGACGGCGCUAGUGACUCCGCCCAUGCCAACGCCACGGCACCUCCGAAAGAGGCGGAGCUUAAGCCACACAUUAAGAAGCCACUCAACGCUUUCAUGCUGUACAUGAAGGAGAUGCGUGCCAAGGUGGUGGCAGAGUGCACGCUGAAGGAGAGCGCUGCCAUCAACCAGAUCCUGGGACGCAGGUGGCACUCUCUGUCUCGUGAGGAGCAGGCCAAGUACUACGAGCUGGCCAGGAAAGAGCGACAGCUACACUCCCAGCUCUACCCCGGCUGGUCUGCACGCGACAACUAUGGAAAGAGGAAGAAAAGAAAGAGAGAAAAUAAACCUGAAUUCAAACCAGAGGAUAAAUUCUCUCCCCAGACGAAGAAGCUGUGUGUGGCGUACCUGUCACCGGCGGAGACGGCAUGCGGCAGCCCCACCUCCUCUCACUGCAGUAUGCUGGACUCUCCGGACACGCCCUCUGUUGCCCUGGCAUCACCGGCUGCGCCAGCCCCCACCCACUCCGAACAAGCCCAGCCCCUCUCCCUCACCACCAAGCCUGACAGCAGGGUCCAGCACGCACACUUUGCCUUGCCCACUAAAGCCUCUUCUUCAGGCUCCUCCCCCUACAGCCAACCUGGCUGCUCACUGCCCCGCCCCCUUCCCCUCCUCACACUGCCGGCUGGCCUGCCCUUCAACCAUGUGGCAGUGUCUUCCCAGCAUGCAGUGCAGCUGCAGCCCCUGUCUCUAGUCACCAAGCCUGCUGACUGAACUCGUCUUCAUCUUCCUCUUUCCAGUUUGACUCUCUCCUUUAACUUUUUUUUUUUUUUUUUUUUUUUUUAAGACAAUAGACCAAGUUUUUAGUGAUUAGUUUGAAAAUUAUUAUUGGUCAAUAUUUGACCUCCCUUCUAUUUUUCACAUCUUGUUAUGAAUCAAAUAUGUAUUUUUUUGUAAAUUGAUGAGUAGUUAUCUUUUUUGACCUAUUCUCAAUUUUAUACAAAUUUUAUAAAAAACCAUGUAUAAAAAUCUUUUUUUUUUUUUUUUUUUUUUUAGAAAAACAAAACUAAAUCCCUGUGCAGGUGACUUAGACGCCAUCCUCUCCAAUAGUAAUGUUGCUUUUUUCCUCUGUUUGUGUUUGGUGACCCUCUGGACUCCUCCCUUAAGGCCAUGUGUGAGACUCUGGAGUCUUAACGGGGCUGUAUGUGACUAUGGCGCCUACGUCAUUAUUAAACUCAUUAUCGAAGCAUUAUGUUCUCAUUAAAAACGUUGUUUUAUAAAAGCUGUCUGGCACAAGCAGGUUUCUGCCCUGUAGAAUGACACAUGUGGAUACACUCCUGCCUCUCUUGGUGAGCACACACACAACUCUCUGCUGCUCAACACAGCGCUGGUCUGAAGUCUUUCCUGGGGCAGGUUGGGGUCUUAAGACUUUGCGUGCAUGUGAGCGUACAGUCAGUCAGUCAGACAGACACAGCGCUUCAUUGUUACUAAAGAAUUGUAAUAAUAUGAUCAGAAAAUGCAGAAAACCAAGGUGAUGUCCUGGACAAGCAACUGUCACUUUGACACUCUCUGUCCAUGUUAUAGUGUGACGCACGUGCAGGUGUCUCUUGCUCUACAGCAGGAGUAUUCAGCCAUUUCCAGAGGAGCCACUCUGGUGUCUGAAGAACUGGACUACCCACCUCAGUCAGCAAGUCUACAGACUGAACUACACACCUCGGCAGACCUACAGAUUCCCCCUGCCCAGUAUCUCGCUCCCUUCAUGUCUGAAUCACCGCCGUUCCACAACACAUGAGGGACACGCACCUCAAGACUGUUCUAUACCAGCACCCCCUCCCACACACACCCCCCCCACACACACACACACACGUUCAUACAACAGUGUCCCUUGCUGUCCUCAAACGUAGACUGAAGAGACACCCCAUCACGAAGGGCUUGAACAAAAGCUGGACUGUGUGUUCCUGAAGUUUUUCCCUGAGGGUUUGGAGUUUGUGUCCUUAUGUGCUUCCAUAAGGAUUUUCUCCAUGGAGUCUAAAUGUUCUACUGUAAAUGUGAACCCAACCUGGAUGGAGCCCCACGUGUCCUCCCUCCACCUGCAGUCCAACAUUCGGUUCGGUUCGGUCCAGUCAGGACUCUGUCUCUGUCUCUGUGUCCCUGGUGUUGAGGUGAACCUUAUGCAGGAGUCUGGAAUACAGUUAGGAGGACGCCAUUUUCUUUCCGUUCUUCAGAGUGCUUCUGGUAUCUGCCACGCCCUUUACCUGUGAUGUAUGAAUUCAUUUAUAUAUUAAAGGACAAUAACUUAUUUCUGUUAUCCUCUCCUGCAGGUACCCUGUAUGUCCACUAGAUGGCGUGAGUCCUGAAGUUGCGCCCGUGUUUGAUGGCGUUAAUCACGUCAUCGAGAGUAAAGAGCAGGAUGGAAAAAACCUGCUGGUGUGGAAAUGUAGUUUGGAGUAACAGGUGUGUCUGGAGUUGUUACUGACUACUCUAAAAACACGAGAACCAUUUAUUUAGAAUGUCAAAUUUUUGCAGAAAUCAGACUUUCUUAUGAUUUCUAAAUAAGUAAAAGUACUGAAAGAACCUACAACCUAAACCAUUACUGAGUCCUCCCUUUCCUGUAACAGUCAAUAAAAUGGAUGUGGGAAUACA